UAAAUUGAAAGGGGAAAAAGAUCAGAUCCGUUCUCCGUUCACCUCCCCACCGCCGCUCCUCUCCCCAUGCCAGAUCGGUGGCGGCGCCCGCACACUUGGGACGGCACCUGGGCGGGCAAGAUUCUGGACAUAAUCUACGGCCACUACAAGAAAGCGCUCGACCUGCUGCCGCUGGAGGACAAGACGGAGCUCGCCCCGCGCCUCCUCGACGCCGGCGUCUGCUUCGGUUUCGCCGACCCUGUCACCAACAUCAUCGCCAAUACCCUCUCCUUCGGCGAGCCCGCUCCCGAUGGCUCCAUCAAGAGGCGGAAGCGCAAGCGGAAGCCCAAGACGAAUGCCUCAGAGGAGGCAAGAUCGAGGGAGGAGGUCCUCUCCAGGAUCGUCGCCGGCGACGGCCCUUCUCCGCCGGAGGCGCGGACCGUCGCGGAGCGCUCGUUGGAGGGCCUUGUCAGCUUCCUCACAUCCUAUUUCCGCUACCUCCCAAACUGGGACGCGCUGCGCUAUCUCAGUCUGGCCAGGGCCGACCUCCUCGUCGCAGUAAGCCUCAUCCAGAAGGAUCAUUGCUACCGGUACAAGGAUCAGUUCCGAAUCUGCUCACCUGCUGUCAAGACUUCUCUCAAAUGCGCUGCCUGGUCUGCAAGGCAGCCCAACUUUGAUGGCUUUCUCGCCGGCUGCUUCGCACUUGUGCCUCAUAUCAACAAGAUUACCCAGACUUUGUCAGCAGAGGGCCGUUGCCGCCUCACUGCUCAUGACAUCUCCUUCUUGUCCCAAUUGCUGGCAAACCCGCCCAAGCUCAAGAGGUCAGACAAGCCCAUGGAUCUUGUUGCCAAACGGUUCCAUGACCCAGAACCAAAAAUCGCUGCAAGCAUUGAGGAUGUGCCAGGUGAGCUGACAGAGUCACUUCGAGGGGUUCUUAUGGAUAGAGUCCAUGAACAUUAUCUCAAGGCGGUGUCUCGGUUUCCAAUGAAAGAUCUUCAGACCCAUCACCACCGCGGCCUUCUCAAGGCAGGCUACUGUUUUGGCCCGUUCGAUCCUGUCUCAAACAUCAUCAUCAACACUGUUUGGUAUGGCACUGCUUUCCCCCCAUCGGAAGAGUUUGGAGUGGAUAUGAUCUGCACGUUGAGGCAUGUUGAGUCUCGGUCUGCCAACGGAUUGAUGGCAUUUGUGCGUUCAUGCUCCCCUGUGAUAUCAGAGCGUAAGGCUAUGGUUUACUUGCUCAAGUGUAAUUUGGAUGUCUGUGAAGCAAUUCAAAUGGCAAAACAGGAAGGAUGUGAUGUAUCGAUCUGUGAUGACAAUGGAUAUAAGGCAGCAGCAAAAGCCGCAUAUCAUCCUAAUCCUGAGGCAUAUUGUGAGUUUGUCGUGCAGUCCUUGCCUGCGUUGAGAUCUACUGUUAGGUCACUGCUGCGACCCUCUCAUAUGCUUGCCCCCAUUGAGAUUCUUCAUCUCUCUACAUUGCUAUCAUUUUCAAGUGUUGAAUCUCUGGAACCAAUUAUCCAUCUAACUGAAGAUGCCUUAAACCAGAUCACAAACUACAAGCAAGAUUUCCUCACUCAACAAAGUUUUGUCCGUGGAAAGGUUGAAGCGGCAGUGCGGAACUAUGAGCAAUCUAAGGGCUGUUAUUAUGAUCUAGGUGUCAUUUGUGGUGUGAAUGAUCGUGUUGGCAAGGUAACAGGGAUUUUCGACACAAAGUUUCAGUACACACAUGCCAACUUUUGGGCAAGUCAAGAUAAUGGAACAUCUACAUUGUUUUUCGCCGAAUUUAGUAAUGAUGAAGACAGUAACUAUGAACCCAUUUGCUACCCUGUGUGCGGUCUACCAACGCAAGUCCGUUGCUGUUACUGUGAGUACCAAGGAAUCCGGAUUGUGCAUCCGAUUGGGAGUUGGUGGGAGGGGGUAAAUGGCUUUGAGAAAAUUGCCUGUGGAGAACAAUAUUUUACAAACACAGAAAUUGUUGGUCGUUGGAAGCUGAUUGAUAAUCGUGUGGGAAUAUUUGUACAAGACUACGUGUACCUAGAUCCUGCUCAUGACGCCAAGUUAAUCCAAGCUGUCAACAAGGCUGAACGGGUGAGGAAUAUUGAUAUGGAUGCUGAAAUGCGUAGGAGAAAAUCAGAGCCUGCUGCUGGCCAUUAACCACAAGAAGCUUCAUUUCUGAUCUGAUCUCGCAACAGGUAAACAGCCGUUGAAAUGGAGAGUGACACCAGCAUGAUGAGUAUUCUUCAGCAAGCCAAGCAAAGGAAGGCACGAAAGUGCAGAAUUGUAGAUACUCAUUAGUCAUUACUCAAUAUCACCAUAACAUCAUUUUGCUGUGCAGGCUCUUGCGCCAAGAGUUUGACUUAUUCAGAUGUGUUAUAUGCUGCAUUCCAGUUACCCUUUGCAUGACU